CAAUGAACGCCGGCGGGAGUAAUGGUGAAGAUAUUCUGGCAGGGAAAUUUGUAAAUCUGAAAAAAUAUGGUAAAUAUGUCUGAGCCAGAGGCAAAAGAAAUUUCUGAAAAAGAGAAAGAGCAAAAAGAAGAAAAGGAGAGAGACAGCACCAAAUCUCCAAAGAAGACUCCACCUGGAUCAGCAAAGGGGAGUUCUAAAGGAAGUGCAAGAAAAUUAUCAAGUGCAAAAUCAGGAACAAUUACCCCAAAAAGCCCUGCUCCAAAACUUGGAAGAGGAACUCCCCAGAAAGGUAAAAAGAAAGAAGAUUCAAAGGCUGAAACUCCUGCCCCACCAGAUGAGGAAGAGAACACAGGUCCACCUGAAAAUGUAGUGCCGAUAUUUCUUGCAUCAAAGACCCAGGCUAUAUACCACUGUGUUUGUGAUGAAGAUGUCACUAAGGAAAAUCCUUUUAAGAUUGUAACAAAGGAAGAGAUCUUGGAGGAUCUACACAAUAGGGCAGCCAUCUGUGACUUCCAUCCAAUGAAAGAUAAAAUCAUUAACUAUCCUGGUACAGAGUUGCUGUUGGUAUAUGACUUUGACUUUAAAUAUGGUCAAAAUUUCUGCAUUGCUCUUACUGAGGAAGCUAAGGAACUUCUACUCAAUCCCCCAGGCCAGGAGGGAGAGGAAGGUGAGGGUGGUGCUCAAGGUGAGGAAGAAGAUACCACUGUUUACAAGUAUGUGCCCCCUGAGUCUAAGGAAUGGGUCUCUCUAGGCAGUCAGAAGGAGAUUAAAGAAGAGUCAGUGACAGAAAUGAGAAGACGGGUAUGCUUUUUAAAGGUACAUUUACACAAGUCCGAACCAGGAGGUGACCACGCCCCUACCAAGUUCUCCAUUGCAGAAACACAGGGGGAGCGAGGAGCAUUAUCCAAAGCAACAGAAGGUGGGGUAUCAGACAAAGAAGCCAGUGUUAGUGGUGGCUAUUACUCAUCUGGAAAGCCAGGAUCCGGCAAAGAGAAAAGAACAUUACAGAGUGUUAAAACUCACUUCUAUGUUGGCACAGAGGAUGGUGAAAUUGUGUAUGUUGACUGGAUGCCUCAAAAAGAUCAGGACACUGGAAAAAUACAAACUCCAAAGCCUGACUUUUACCAUACAGUGCAUGAUGGGCCUUUGGCAACAGUUCAAAGGUCACCAUUUUUCAAGGACGUAGUUUUGUGUGUGGGUGGAUGGAAUUUUACUAUCUGGAAGGAAGGAGUUAUUAUAGACAAGAAUAAUCCUAAUGCAGCAGAGAUGGCGAAAUUGAUAGAUCCAACAGAAAAUGCAGCGUUGAAGUCGGGACCAAUUUUACAAUCAGCACCAAAUCCUGUACGCCUGACAUCUGGGCACUGGUCACCAUCACGUCCUGGCGUGUUCUACAUCUCCAAGGUUGAUGGUAGUGUUGAUGUAUGGGACCUGUUAGACAAGACACACGAGCCUUCAAUCACACAGAGUGUGUCACCCGUAGCCAUCACCUCUAUCUACCCGUUCCCAGUAUCUCACAAGCAGCAUUUACUGGCUGUAGGUGACAAUGCUGGUACUCUACAUAUACUAGAGAUACCAUGGAGCUUAAGAUUAUCUACACCUAAUGAGCUGACGGGUGUUGCAAAUUAUAUAGAGCGUGAGGUUAAGAGACGAUCAUUUGUUGUUCAGAGAUGGGACUUCAGAGAAACUGAGAAACGUGAGAUUGAGGCGGAAGCUAAAAGAAAGGCUGGUAUUGCGCCGAAUGUUAUCCUGACAGAUGAAGAGGUUGAAUAUCGUCAGAAAAAUGAAUAUCAAGCUUAUGUUGAGGUGGAAACCAAUUUCCUACGAGAACUAGGAAUAUUGAAAGAGGAUGCAGAACCUCUCCCAGAAACGUAGGCUGUAUUUAUAAUUAGGAUCUGGUGACUGCCAAUAAACUACCAUCUUUUUCAGUAAAUAGGAAUGACUUACAUGCAUUGUAUAUGGAUUUGACUAGGUUAUAAAAAGUGAUAAAACAUGGAAUAAUUUAUUUUUUUUCUUAUUUUUUUCACUUUUGGUUGUUUCUCUCCGUCCAUGAAAGACAUCUCUGUGAUACAAUGAACUUGUCUAAACUGUGCUUUUAUGUACAUACAUUAUUAUUGUACUUGUUUGAAAAUAUUUGUGUUAUUUAUGAAGAAAUAUUUGUUACUUGUUAUGUAUAUAUGUAUGGAAGUGUAUUUUCAAUAAAACUGAAAAAUUUCCUUCACUCAAAGGUGCACACUGAGAGAUGGGAAAACAAAAAAAAACAACAACAAUUUUACAUGUCAAAAAUAGUUUUUUAUUAAUUUAUAUGAAUAAACAUUUGAAACAACAA